CCCCCCCUACUUUUCGCUGUUACUCAAGAAAUACAUAAUAGACUAUCAGAACUUGGUAAGUUAUUAAACAACCAAUCUCCUACCAUCCAAUCUGCUGGUGAUGAAGUUAGACAAAGAAGCGGUGUAUGGGUUAGUCCUUUGUAUAGUCAAGCGAGUCAAAAGAUGAAAAAUGAAAUUAGUGGUUAUAAGCUUAAAGCUAGUGGUGGGAUAAUUGGUAUUGAUUAUCAAAUUAGUGAUAAUGGAUUCAUUGGUGGUGCUUAUAGCCGUAGUCAGGCAAUAAUAAGCCACAAAGGUACUAAGAAUGGAGAUAAAACUAAGGCUAAAGUUAAUAUAUUUUUACUAUAUGGUUUGCAACAUUUAACAGAUAGGUGGUACUUAGAAGGAAUAAUAUCGUAUGCAGCAAGUAAGGUAAAAAAUAAUGAAGGACGUAGGGUAUUGGUGGGUACAGAACAAGCGUUAGGGCGUUAUAAUACUAUUAGUUAUGGAGGACAAUUAGUAAGUGGUUAUAAUUAUCCAAUUGAUAAUACAGAUAUUACUCCACUAAUAGGUUUGCGAUAUACGAAAUUUAAAGAAGGGGGCUAUUAUGAAACAGGAACUUCAUAUCAAAACUUAACCGUCAAGAAACGAGUAUAUGAUAAAAUAGAAGCGCUAGUUGGUAUGCGUGCUUCAAUGAAUAUUAAGGUAGAAGAGCAAGGGAAGCCGAUGAUUCUAGUACCUGAAUUAUACGGCCUUAUUAACUAUGACUUAAAAGGUAAAUCGCGGCUUAUUGAUGCAAGACUACAAGGUAUAAAUGAACCUUUGCCUGCUAAAGCAUUUAAGGAAGCAAAAAUAUUUUUUAACUGCGGAGUCGGUUUAACUGUUAAAUAUAACAAUGCUAUAGAAUAUGGAAUAAAAUAUAAUGCUAUUAUCGCUAACAAAUAUCUGGCCCACCACCCAAGCUUAAAACUUAAAAUAUAUUUUUAG